GAAAGAAACAGGGUAGGGGGAGAGGGCUACCGCCGCGCAUAAACAGAGAUUUGAUCAGUGAGUUAGAACUUCGCUCGGCUCCGUGCGCAGAAAGCUAUCAAGCACAAGCCGGCUCGGCCUUGCACGACUUGUUGCGUCGAUACGCAGAGUUACAGAGGGAGAAUUAAAGAAGCAGAAGAAGGACUAGAUGCGUCUUUGGACUUGUUUUACUCGGUAUCAUAAAGUGCUUAUUUUUUUAGGCGUAUGUAACAUUUAAAGGCAAAUUCGCAUUUACUGAAGUGGCCGAUCCAGUAGUCGUGACGAAGUGACAUUUUGCCCAUGAUAAAAAAGACGACAAGCAGUCGCAAGGACUUGACAGUAAAGUUGUUUUCUUCAAUUACAGGUGAUCGGAAGUAAAUGCGUUUUCUGAAGAAACGCUGAAGAAACGUGUGGAUUAUUCAGAGGAGGAAAGCGGACUGUUAUUUUUAUUCACUUUUUUUUUUUUUACUGUCGCCUUGUGUGUGUUGGUUUUACCUGAGUGUAUGAACGUUUGCUAAACACGAUGGAAGUAAGCGCUGACCAGCCCCGCUGGAUGACCCACCAUCACCCGGUCAUAAACGGCCAGCAUCCCGAGUCGCAUCACCCUGGACUGGGACACUCCUACAUGGAUCCCUCGCAAUAUCCCCUCGCUGAUGAUAUGGAUGUAUUGUUUAAUAUCGACGGACAGAGUAACCAUCCGUACUACGGGAACCGGGCCGUGCAGAGGUACCCACCGCCGCACAGUAGUCAGGUGUGUCGCCCGUCACUGCUGCACGGCUCUCUGCCCUGGCUCGAUGGCAGCAAAGGGAUUGGCCCCCACCACAGCACUUCCCCAUGGAACCUCGGCCCCUUCCCCAAGACGCCCCUCCACCACAGCUCCCCGGGGGCUCUGUCCGUCUACCCGCCCGCCUCGUCCUCCUCUCUGUCCGCCGGACACUCCAGUCCACACCUUUUCACAUUCCCCCCGACUCCACCCAAGGACGUGUCCCCCGACCCGGCCAUCUCCACACCGGGCUCCGGCUCGUCGGUACGGCCGGAGGACAAAGAGUGUGUAAAGUACCAGCUGCCGGACAGCAUGAAGCUGGACCCGGCCCACAGCCGGAGCAUGGCCGGCAUCGGCGCGGGCGCGUCCUCUGCGCACCACCCGAUCGCCACUUACCCUUCCUAUGUGUCCGAUUACGGGCCGGGGCUCUUCCCACCGAGUAGCCUCAUAGGUGGGUCCUCUUCUAGUUAUGGUUCCAAAACGAGACCGAAAACGCGGUCCUGCUCAGGAAGAAGCAUUAGCUGCAAGAAAUUGACUCUCCAAGUGCAGUCUGCGGCGAGACGAGCGGGAACUUCAUGCGCUAACUGUCAAACGACUACGACGACACUGUGGCGGAGAAACGCGAACGGUGACCCGGUCUGCAACGCCUGCGGCUUGUACUUCAAACUGCAUAAUAUCAACCGACCACUCACCAUGAAGAAGGAGGGCAUCCAGACCCGGAACAGGAAGAUGUCCAGCAAGUCCAAGAAGAGCAAAAAGUCACAGGACAGCAUGGAGGACUUCUCCAAGAGCCUGAUGGAGAAGAGCAGCUCCUUCAGCCCGGCCGCCCUCUCGCGUCACAUGACCUCCUUCCCACCAUUCUCGCACUCUGGCCACAUGCUGACCACGCCCACUCCCAUGCACCCUUCUUCUAGCUUACCCUUUGCCCCACACCACCCCUCCAGUAUGGUCACCGCCAUGGGCUAAGGCCACCCCACUACCUCUGACGACCCCUGACCAUGACCUCUGUACUGCGUUUCAGGCCGUCAGCCUGAACCCCUCGACCCUCGACCCUUGAACCUGCUCCCUCCUGGCCCACAGAUGACUGCUGGAGAUCUGUCUGAACUAUG